AAAAGCAUUGAUAAGUAUGUGAAGUGAUUAACGAAUAUCUGAAUCACUAUAGAGAUAGUGAUAUCACUCAUGAGUUUCAAUCAAAUAAACGCCAAUUGGUCCAUAAAUUAUCAUUUUUGACAACAAUAAGCCAUACAUACACUCAUACUGUUGAUGACCGCUAUUGAUCGGUCAGUCAGUGAUCCGAUUGACGCACACAAUGGCAGACAAGAGACCAUUUUUUAAGAAGUUGACCAAAAUAUUUAGCACCGCCACCGAUGGUGCCAAUCAUGCGGUGACCACCAGUUUAGACACACACCGGGAACAGAUUGACUCAUCGGCCGCAUUGGACUCAUUCAGAGCUCAUUGGUCUCAAGCGUACGAAUGUAUGUCUAAUAAAAUAUUGAAUGAAGUGACGGCCGAUGACAUCACAUCAGUGGUCAAUCAUAUCGACCAAAUGCUGACACUAUUACUUCAGGAGAAUGACUUCUUGUCAAUGAAUACCCGAUCCAAACAUACAACUGAUCCGACAUCACAUAUAAUGAGUCCACUGUUGGACUACUUGUUAAUUGAAUCAAUUCUGGAGAAAGUGUUGAACUGGUCUGAAAUGUGCGGCGCGUGGACUCAAGUGAUGGCUUUGGAACAGUUGAAGGUCUAUGAGAUGCUCAUCAGUCAGAUCUGUCACAAUUCAACACUAUUUCAACGGCCACUUAUUCGUCCACUUUUAGGUCUAUUGUCGAGAUUUGUGGACAAGAACUGUCACAUCGAAGUUGAAAAAAGACUUGUCGUACUUCUCAACACUAUAUUUGUAUCUUUGAGUCAAAAUAUGAAUCUUUUGGAUUUGUUUUUCUUGAAUGAACCCAUCAUUUCUAGUCAUCCCGAAACUAAAUUCCUAGUAUUCUCACUACUCAUACCGUUUGUUCAUAGAGAUGGACCCGUUGGCCAACAGGCCAGAGAUUCAAUGCUCUUAUGUAUGGCAUUUAGUCGAAAAAACGAGUCGUUAGGCAGAUAUGUAGCCGAAGAAACUGAUUUUUGUCCCGUUUUGGCCACCGGUUUGAGCGGUUUGUAUUCAUCGCUACCUCGAAGACUAUUGAUGCAGUCAAUAGCAUCAAGUGAUUGGCAUCAGAUCACUAUUGAAGACAUUCAACAGAAUCCUGAAUUGGAAGUGUUUCUCAAUUCAUUAGAGUUUUGCAACGCUGUCGCACAAAUAGCCCCUCCAAUCAUACAAAACCAAUUGUUAGACUAUUUUUAUAAUGGUUUUCUGGUACCUGUCAUCGCACCCGCAUUACAUCAGGAAGUGGUUGGCGUUCCCAUUAUAGUGUUGGAGCACUUAUCCCGAUAUUGGAACACUGUGGAGGAAAUAAUAGCGACGACCGCGUACUUUGAUCUCUUAAUUCGUACCAUUUCUGAACCAAAUCUUUUGAAAGUAAUAUUGAAAUUCAUUUGCACCGAGAAAUAUGAGGAACAGCUUAUUAUCAAUACAUUAAUUACAAGAAUCAGUGCUCACUCUAAGUUGUGUUUACUGACUUUGGCUGUGUUUCGGUCAUUAAUGGAUUUGAAUUGCGAGGACGUAUUAAUUGAAUUAAUUUUUAAAUAUUUAAAGAUUGGAAAGCAUGUGAUCGGCGGUAUUGAACAUCAAAAGAGACGAAUAAAUGAUACAAACUUUUUGAACGAUUCGGCCAAACGAUUCCUAUUAUUAGUUCCCAUAUGUUGUCAAUCAUUGCAAGAAAAAUACAACGAAAACACUAAAAACGAUAAUUUUAUUCAUGUGGACAACAAUUUAGAUUUAAUAUCACAAAAUAGCUCACAAAUAGAUAAUUACGAUCAAAGAUCAACCCAUGAAAUGCAAUAUAUAUUUAAUUAUGUCGAUUAUUUGAACGAAUCGCAUAAUAUCAUAUCCAAAUGUUUAAGAGCCACCCGGUGCUGGACAUGUCGUUACGAAGCACGUAGUUAUAAAAAUGCUAAUUCCUUAUUAAAUAAUAAUAAUAAUAAUGUAAAUAAUUGCAAUACAAACAAUAUUAGUGCCAACAAUUGUAUAACAAAUAAUAAUAAUAUUAAUGAUACAAACUUUAGCCAUUAUGUGCCUAAUUCUGACUCAAAUGACAACCAAUCAGACAAUGAAGAUACUGAAGAGUAUUUAUCACCAAUUGGUCCAUUUCUGCAAAGUUUAAUGUCUCGAUUAGAAGCCUUCUGCGAGAACGAUGUUUACACUAAUCUACAGAUCACGGGUUUGGUAUCCCGUUUGGCGGUAUUUCCGCUGCCAUUACUUCGUUCACUUCUUUUGAAUCCAUCGCUGAUAUUCCAUAAAGAUGUCAAAUCAUUAUUGUCUCUAUUGAACGAAUUGCGUAAAAAAUUAGACAUUUUGUCCCAAGAAUUGCCUAAUUUUGAUCAAUUGAUGCGAAGUGGUCGACAGUUUUUGUACUCWCGWGAAACACGAAUUUUAAACAGAAAGCAAAGUUUUAAUCAACAUUUUGAUAAACAAAUCCCAUAUAAUUCAAGACCCAAUCGAAGCAAUAGUAUUAAUAGUUUGUCUUCCAUUAGAUCAGAUGUUGGAGGAGAAGUUCUUAAGAAAGGAUUUAAAAACUUUAAAGACUUAUUUCGUUCAACACCUAAAAUGAUGCGAAGAAGUACAACAACUCAAGGUAUUUGCCAACAAACCCCUCCAACGAUACUUGAAUCAGUUUCUGGAGGACAGGGAUAUAGAUAUUUUAAACCGAUUGAGUCAACGGAUCAGGGAUUAGAUGCCAAUGAGAUUGAAGAGACAGAAAGGAUAGAAAAGAUUGUUUUAGCAGUCAUUGUCUUUGAAGAGUUUGUCCGCGAAUUAUCUGCCAUUUGUUGUGAACACUAUAUUCUUGACUCAUUAGAGUCGAUAUCGGUUUGUGAAUGAGAGUCAAGAGGUCUCUCAAAAUGAUAUUUCUAUUAUAUGUGCCAAUCAUCACAUCAUUGUCUUAUAAUUCACACAGAAUUUUAUUUGUUAUUAUUUUUGUUGCUUUUUAGUGAUUGACUAUUUUAAAAAUGAUAAAUGGCUCAAAAAAUUAUGAAAAGAUAGUAUUUAUUGA